UAUAAAUACAGAAUGAAGGGCGGUUUGAAGAGGCCACAGUGCUGAAAGCUGUUCAAAACUCUUCUUAACUAUGGCACAAGGUAUGAAACUAUUAUUUUGCAGUGGACUUGCUGUUGCUCUUAUAGGCGUGAACGUCAUGUCUGCCUUUCCUGGAAAGAGCCACAGCGGGGGGAAAGAUGACCCCGUGCUUCAGUAUGUAGUGAACAACUCACUCAGAGAACAUCCAGUACUCGCUAAACUCAAGCAAAGAACUCUAGAGGACAGGUGGAAUAUAAUGCUUGUUGCCACAGAACAGGCCCAGUUCAUGGGAAAUCUCAUGAAACUUAUUAAAGCCAACAAAACUCUCGAAGUUGGAAUGUACACAGGGUACAAUGCACUGAACAUGGCUUUGUCUAUUCCCGAGAAUGGACGUGUGGUGGCCUGUGAGAUAGAAAAUGCCUAUGUGGACAUUGCUAGGCCGUUUUUCAAAGAGGCUGGUGUGGAAAGUAAAAUCGAUGUUCGUAUUCAACCGGCUAUGCAAACUUUGGACGAGCUGAUCGCUGCGGGCGAGGCGGGAACCUACGACUUCAUCUUCAUAGACGCAGAUAAGAACAACUAUGACGGCUACUAUGAGAGGAGUCUUCAACUGGUUAGAAAAGGAGGAAUCAUCGCCAUCGACAACGUGCUGUGGAGUGGACUGGUGGUGAACCCGGCCGCGGACGACCUUGUCUCCCAGAAUCUGGACGCCCUGAACAAGAAGCUCCACAAGGACGAGCGGAUCGAUCUGAGCAUGCUCACCAUAGGGGACGGCCUCACCCUGGCCUUCAAGCGCUGAUCUCCCAAACUACUCAAGCAUUCCAGUUCCAUACAUUAAUUUGAUAAUAUAGUAUAUCAUUGAUGCUAAACAAAAUGAAUGAAUGUCAAAACACAAAAAUGUUAUGGGCUCUCUCUGAUAUUUCUUUCUGUUAUCACAGUGACAAAAUAAAUCAGAAGACAAUGAAUGAACUUGU